AUGAAGCGCCGUGGAGCUCGCGUAGUGAGUGCAAGCAGUGCAGUGGUGCCAGAGGUGGAUGCGGUGAACGCAGUGGUGAUCUCUCCUGCUGCUUCCACGCCCACCAACGCGGUGGCCGCCAUGAGCAGCCCGCUGAACGUUGUAGCAGCAGCAGCCGUGGCGCAGCCGGCGCUGACCAUCCCCACGUUGAACAUCUUCGCCCGCUUUCAGGAACACCGCGACGACUUCGACGCAGACUGGCUGCUUUUGAAGGAGGAUCCAGCGGCGGCAGAGGAGAAGCCGCCCCUGGCAGCACAGGUGACGGACAAGCUGCGACGUCAUCAGGCGCAGCUGGGUGCUCAACGCGCGGCAGCCGCGGCCGACCGCUCGGCGGUGCGACUGGGCAAGCAGAAGACCACGCUCAACAGCAAUAAGGGCGGUACGACAACAGCACUGGUGGGCGACGACGACGAUGCGGAUAUCGCUACCGCCAUACAAGCGGCACCGCCGUCCCGUCGACAGCGUCGGCCUGACACGUACGAUUCGGCAGAAGACGAGCCAAGCGUUUCGGCCGCCGUGGUUGCGGACGUCAACGAGGGAAAUAGUAGCAACGACGGCGACGACAACGAGGAGUACGUGCCGGAGGAUCGCAAGGCAGCGCAGUAUCGCCACACGAAUGCCACAUCACUGGAGCCGACCGUCGCGUCUGCAGUGGCGGUGGAGGAGACCAGACAGGAGGCCGCAGAGGAGGCGACAGCGUCGGUGGCAGCGGUGGUGGGAGAAGUGGCGAAGUCAGCUGAAGCGGAGGAGGAGGGGGAAGGGCUGACGGGGGAUUAUCUGGACUUUCAAUCCACCACGCCCACCGGUGCGAAGGCGAUUGCGUCCGGGGCCCUGCAAGCCACCGUUCACCUUCCUGUCACGACGCCCUCCGCACCAUCCUCUUCCGGUGGGCGGAAUACCCUUCAACAACAGCAGCAGCAGCAGCGACGUCAGCGCAGCAGCUUCGGCGGGGCUUCGCUCCCUGCGGAGGGCCGCGUCGUCAUCGUCCCGCUGUGGAGCACUGCCCGCAUGGAGCAGCACGGCGGCUACUGCGCCACCAACCCUCUCAUCGCGCUGCAUCAGGAGGUGACGGAUCUGGUGGACUUUUUGCGGCCGACGCAGGCCGAAGUGACCAUGCGGCGGUACAUCGAGAUGAAAAUCGGCAAGUUGGUGGGCCGUCUCUGGCCCGGCAGCCGCGUGCUCGUGUACGGCAGCCUGUACACCCACCUCCUGCUCCCGCUGUCCGACCUGGACGUGACGCUGCUGGACGUCCCCGUGCCGCCAGAGGAGGCGCUGACGACGCUGGCGAAGGAGAUCAGCAACGAGGGCCUGUGCGAGAACGCCUACCCGCAGGUGAUCCUCAAAACCAAAGUCCCGCUCAUCAAGUUUGUCCACAAAGGCUCCCUCAUCGACGUCGACAUCAGCGUCGGCGCGGUCGACGGCAAGCGCAACUCGGAGUGCGUCGUGCGCUACCUCAACACGUACCCGGAAGCCGUGCCGCUCGUCAUGACGGUGAAGUACUUCCUACUGCAGCGCGGGAUGCACGAGCCGUACCACGGCGGACUUGGCAGCUACGCCACCACCCUGCUCGUCGUUUCCUUUCUUCGCCAGCACCCCAUCUACACCACGCACCCGGAGCAGCGACCCAUGACAGGGCUGGGGAAGCUCCUAGUGGACUUCCUGCGCAUGUGUGGGCAGUUCUGGAGCUACUCUCGCGUGGCGGUCUCGUUGGGUGACUUGCAGCUCAGCGCGAGCGGCGACGGCCGCGGCAGCAGUGACUGCGGCGACUUCCACGCACGCACCGACUUGGACUGGACCAACCGCCCGCAGUCCCCCGUCUCCCCCUCCUCCCCGCGCACACCGCUGGGUCCCGCGCAGGGCAGCAUCGCCGACCCGGCCGACGCCGCGAACAACGCCGCGAGCUCGCUACGCCUCUUUCACUCCAUCUCCUCCAUGUUCACCUACGCCUACCUGGCGCUGACGGCUGACUUUAGUAGCAGCACGAGUGGUAAUGAGCCGGGUACGAUGAGCGGUUCUCCUCCUGCUGCUUCCGUUGAUGCGCAGGUGUCGUCGCCCUCCAUCGAUGACCUCAGCCGUCGUCCCACUCUGCUGUCUCGAAUCUUCCACGUAGAUGCGGACAUGAUCUUCCAUCGACAGGCCAUCGCCACAACGUACGCGAAGCUCAGCACGGAGAUGCCCGUGUACAUGGAGGAGGUGCGCCGCUUUCAUGGGGAAGAGGACGCCGCGAUGCUACCGAGCAACGCGCGCAGUUGGCGGGAGCGGCGACAGCUGCGGCGCGGCGGCGAUGGUGAUGCACCGUUUCUGUGGGAGACGCAGCCGCCGCGCAGCGUGACGUCGCUGGAGGAGCGGCUGGCACUGGCCCACCUGCACGGGGCGACGGCCGCUGCCCCGCCAGCGGCUUCAACGAUUCCGACAGAGCGCGACUCUGGCAACUCGUGGAAGCGCCUGCGUCAGGAUGGCGACGACGACAGGAGCGCAAACGAGAUCAGGAGGGGCAGGCGGCGGACAGAGAGCAGCGCGAAGGAGACGUACGUGGUGUCUUCCUCCGCUUCCUCUUCAUCGUCGUCCGAAUCCAGUUCCUCGAGACCGUCGAGGUCGUACGACUCGGACGCAGAGAGCAACGCCAGCUCGGUGCGUGAGGAUGUGACGCGGACGACGGAGCGAAGCCGGCGGAUGCGCCGCGAGUAA